AUGGGCAUUGGAGGAGGCUUUGUCAUGACAAUUUGGCACAAUGUAACCAGGACUGCACACACUCUUAUUGCCAGGGAAUGGGCACCCCUGCAUGCCUCUGAAAACAUGUAUGGUGGCAAUGGGACCCUUUCCAAAUCUGGUGGAUUAGCAGUUGCAGUGCCAGGAGAGAUUGCUGGAUAUUGGGAGGCUCAUCAGAAAUUUGGAAAAUUGCCUUGGCACAGGUUGUUCCAGCCUGCUAUCAAAAUGUGCCUUGAGGGCAUAGAAAUACACAAGCCUCUGGGGGAUGCAUUGAAAAGCAAGCGGAAGGAAAUUCAGGAUGAGUCAUCACUCAGGGAGAUUUUUUGGAACAAUGCCACCAAUGAUGUGUUCAAAACUGGAGACAAAAUCAGGCGACCCAUUUUGGCAGCUACUCUCAAGAGAAUUGCCAAACAUGGCGUCCAUGAAUUUUAUGCUGGGGAAACUGCCAAGAAGCUUAUUCAAGACAUCCAAGCCCUUGGUGGUAUUUUAACUCUUGAUGACCUCACAGCUUACAGAGCACAUUGGGUGCCAGCAUGUUCAGCCUCUUUGGGGUCCCUGGACCUACACACUUCACCAGCACCCACUUCAGGUCCACUACUAGCAUACAUCCUAGCCAUCAUGGAGACCUACAAGACAGACCCAGCACCCAGGAACCCCAACCCAUUCUCAACUUGGUCAACUGCAGAGAAAACCCUGGUAGCCCAAAGGGUUCUGGAAGCCUUUAAACAUGCCUAUGGGAAAAGAACUUUGAUGGGAGACCCAGAGUUCCUUCAAGACAAUGAAGAGUUUCAGCAGAUGCUCAAGAAUGUGUGUUGCAAGAAUUUUGUCAGGAUAACCAGAGAUAAGAUAUGUGAUGACAAGACAUUCAAUGACCAUGGCUACUAUGGUGCUCAUGUUUACUCCCCUGAUGAUGAUGGAACAGCUCAUGUGUCUGUUGUUAGUGAGAAUGGGGAUGCUGUGUCAGUGACAAGCUCCAUCAAUCUGUACUUUGGGGCAAAGAUCAGGUCAGUGCAAACAGGAAUCAUCCUCAAUGAUGAGAUGGAUGAUUUCUCAGCACCCAAUAUCACAAAUGCCUUUGGUAUUCCUCCAUCUCCCAACAACUUCAUCAAGCCCAAAAAGCGGCCUUUGUCAUCAAUGUGCCCAUCUGUGUUUGUAGACCGCAAGAGCCAGAAGGUUCAGCUGGUCACUGGAGCAGCUGGAGGCACAAGAAUCACUUCUGCUGUUGUAUGGGUGUCACUCCUAAAUUUGAAGUUCCAUGAGACAUUGGGAAAUGCAACAGCUGCCCCAAGACUCCAUCAUCAGCUAUUCCCCAUGAGUGCCAUGACUGAAAAGGAUUUCCCUGAGGUGAAAACUUGA